AUGGCAAAAAAGAAAAAUUCACAAGCUGCAUGUGAGAAAGCCCCAAAGACGAAACUGCAGCAGCCGCUCAAGGCGCGGACAAAGAAGCCACCCGCGGUGAAUGGUGUUGGGGAUGCAGAAGAAACCAUAAAGAGAAAAGUUCAUACAAAAUCAGGCUCCUCUGGAAAAGCUGGUGAUGAGUCUGUGAGUAAAUACUUUAAAUCUCCGGUGAAGACGGAGGAGGAGUCUGAGGAAGAGUUCAUGGAGGUCCCACAGAUUGUGAUUUUUGAGGCUGGAGUGGAGGCCAAAGAUGAAGACGAGAGUGAAGAUGACUGGGAGGAAGUGGAAGAGCUGGAGGAGCCUCUGGGGCCAGUGGAGCCCUCCGCUGCGGCCCUCUCCAUCCCUGAGUCUGUGGCUAUCGAGAUCGAGACCCCAGAGGCCAGAAAGAGAAAAAAGCGUCAGGCAGAGAUGGAUGCUUAUCUGCGGAGAAUGGUGAACCGAUACAAGAAGGAUCUUCUGAUAGACACUCACAAGGUGCACCUGUUAUGUCUGGUGGCUAAUGCUCAGUUCCGUAACUCCCUGUGCAGUGACCCAGAUCUGUUGGCCAUCACUUUGUCCUUACUUCCAGCUCACUUUGGAAAUGUAGCCAAAGAACGCAUGGACCAGAACUACAUCUCCGGACUGCACAAGUGGUUCAAAGCCACUUUCACUCUAAACCCGAGUCUUCCCUGUGAGGACUCUCCCAGCCCCAGGUCUCUGCUGGAGAGGAGACUGGCGAGUCUUUCAGCCAAGAACCACCAGGAAAUGACCCAUUUGUUCCUGUUGAUGCUACGGUCUCUGCAGCUUUUUUGUCGACUGGUCUUGUCUUUACAACCUGUGUCUUUUAAACCUCCAUCCACUGCAAAGGGUAAAACAACCAAAAGCCAAAGCAAAUCCAACGCUCAAAAGAACUCUUCAGUUGAGUCAAGCCCCACUGAACCAAAAGUCUCUCCAGGAUCCAAGAGGGCGUCAUCUGGGCAGAAAAAAGGCAGAGGAGGUAAAAAAGCCAAAAAGAAAGUACAAUCUGAGGAGGAGGAGGAGGAGGAAGAGGAGAAGGGAUCAAAGCCUGGACAGAGACCUAAGAACAGCAAGCGCAGGAGUGUGGCCUCCAAAGUCAGCUACAGAGAAGACCGCGACAGUGACGGAGGAACGGAUGGGAGUGAGGAGGAGUUCAGAGCAGGGAGUGAAGAGGAGAGUGAUGAAGAGGAGGAGCAACACGAGAGCAAGAAAUCUCCAAAGGGAAAUCCGGCUACCAAAAAGAAACCUCCUGCUUCAAAAAGAAGAAGCAUCGGCCAAGAACAGGACAAAGACCAAAAAGUGGAAGGGAACGAUGAUGAAGAAGUGGUAUUGAAUGAGCCUAAAGCGAGGCGCCCGAAGCACAGUCCUGGAGCAGACCAGUGGGUGGAAGUGUUUCUGGAGAAAAGCCUCACGUGGAUCUGUGUGGAGGUGGAAGUGGGCGUGGCAUCUCCUCAGGUCAUAUCCCAGAAUGCAUCACAGCCGCUGGCUUAUGUGUUGUCUGUGAACGGGGACGGGUUCCUGAAAGACCUGGGCUCCAAGUACGACCCAACAUGGAUGACCUCAGCGAGGAAGAGGAGGGUGGAUGAAGAAUGGUGGGAGGAGUCGCUGGAGCCCUUCUUAGGACCUGAGGAUGAGCGGGACAAACAGGAGGACAAGGAGCUGCAGUCAAAGUUGAGGAGUAAGCCUCUGCCCGUGUCCAUCACAGAGUACAAGAACCAUCCUCUGUAUGCGCUGAAGAGACACCUGCUCAAAUAUGAGGCCAUCUACCCAGAGACCGCAGCGAUCCUGGGCUACUGCAGAGGAGAGGCUGUUUACUCCAGGGAUUGCGUGCACACACUUCAUUCCAAAGACACGUGGUUGAAAGAGGCACAAACGGUCAGACUGGGAGAAGAACCAUAUAAGAUGGUGAAAGGAUUUUCUAAUCGCUCUCGUAAAGCCAGAAUGAUGUCAGAGAGCAAAGAUGACAACGACCUGGCUCUGUAUGGAGAGUGGCAGACGGAGAAUUACCAGCCACCUAUAGCUGUCGAUGGAAAGGUUCCCCGUAACGACUAUGGGAAUGUAUACCUGUUCAAGCCCUGCAUGUUGCCGGUGGGCUGCGUUCAUCUGAAGUUGCCAAAUCUCAACCGUGUCGCCAGAAAGCUCGACCUGGAUGCUGCACCGGCUGUAACCGGCUUUGACUUCCAUGGUGGAUACUCGCAUGCUGUUACGGAUGGGUACAUUGUGUGUGAGGAACAUGUGGAGAUUCUGAAAGCAGCUUGGGUUGAGGAGCAGGCAAUCUACAAGCAAAAGGAGAAGGAGAAGCGCGAAAAGAAGGCCCUUUCCAACUGGACUCUGCUGGUUAAAGGCCUACUGAUUCGUGAGCGUCUCAAACAGCGAUACAACACUAAACCUGGAGCUGUGGGGUCCAAGGAUGGGCCUGAGGGGGAGACCGGGGGCUUCUCCUCUGAUGAAGAAGACCAUGACCUGAAUGCAAAGACUGCUUCAGAAACACUAGCCCUGAGAACCGGAUGUGACGUCCCCAUAAGUCCCAGUGACCGUGGAACUUCCAGGUCCAGCCUCGCGGACUCAGUGAAAAUCGCACUUUCUUCACGUUUCUCCGCCAAACUGAGCGUCCUCUGGGAUCACCGCGAACCAGAGCAGAGCUGCACAUCCAGAGUCCUCCAAUCGGAGCAGGCGUGCGGGCGGGUAGGCGGCCGUCUACCUGUCUGGGCCAGUGGGGUGUGGAUGUCCGUGGACAUGAACAGCCAGGCGUCAGACAGCAACGAGGAAGACUUUGUGAACUCUGAGGAAGAGGAUGAUGAUGAUGAUGGCGGCGACGAGGAGGAGGAGACGGGAGACAUGGAUGGCUAUUAUGAUGAUGUAGCAAGUGACGUGGAACAGCAGGGGGCAGACUCGUUUGACCCAGAGGAGUAUCUGUUCACCUGUCUCACCUACAAGGAGAGCCAGAGAGUGUUGUUGGAGGAGGUCAACGCGGUGGCGGCAGCGCUCAAGGUUUUACCAUCUGAAGCAAAGCUGAUCCUAGUGCAUUUCCACUGGCAGGUUUCACAGAUCAUAGAGAGAUACAAGUUAAACUCAUCGCUGCUGUUGUCAGAUGCUCUGGUUCAGCCGAUCAGCAGCUGCAGAUCUGUCUCUAGCUUCCCCCCACUGCAGUGUGGCGUGUGCCUACAGGUGGUCCGCAGAGAUGCGCUUGUAGCUCUACCUUGUCAACACUCCUUCUGCAAGGCAUGCUGGGAGCAGCACUGCACCGUCCUGGUCAAAGACGGCAUGGGAGUCGGUAUCUCGUGUAUGGCUCAGGAAUGCUCUCUGCGGAUUCCAGAGGACUUUGUUUUGCCACUGCUGCCCGGUGAUGAGCUGAAAGAAAAAUAUAGACGCUACCUCUUCAGAGACUAUGUAGAGAGUCACUUCCAGUUGCAGUUGUGUCCUGGAGCAGACUGUCCCAUAGUGAUUAAAGUCCAGGAGCCCAGAGCACGUCGAGUGCAGUGCAGUCGAUGUUCUGAAGUAUUUUGCUUUAAAUGCCGUCAGAUGUACCACGCGCCCACAGAUUGUGCAACCAUUAGGAAAUGGCUGACUAAAUGUGCAGACGACUCUGAGACGGCAAACUACAUCAGUGCACACACUAAAGAUUGUCCGAAGUGCAAUAUCUGCAUUGAGAAAAAUGGGGGGUGCAAUCACAUGCAAUGCUCCAAAUGUAAACAUGACUUCUGCUGGAUGUGUCUGGGUGACUGGAAGACUCAUGGCAGUGAAUAUUACGAAUGCAGCCGUUAUAAAGAGAACCCCGACAUAGUGAACCAGAGCCAACAGGCGCAGGCCCGAGAGGCGCUAAAGAAAUAUCUCUUCUACUUUGAGAGGUGGGAGAAUCACAACAAGUCUCUGCAGCUGGAGGCUCAGACGUAUCAGAGGAUUCAGGAGAAAAUCCACGAGAGAGUCAUGAACAACCUUGGCACAUGGAUCGACUGGCAGUAUCUGCAUAACGCUGCCAAGCUGCUCGCCAAGUGUCGUUACACAUUACAGUACACCUAUCCCUAUGCGUAUUACAUGGAAUCUGGUCCCCGCAAGAAACUGUUUGAAUACCAGCAGGCGCAGCUGGAGGCAGAGAUCGAGAACUUGUCAUGGAAAGUGGAGCGAGCCGACUCUUAUGAGAGAGGAGUGGUGGGCGUAGAGGAGCUGAGUGCAAGUGACAGAGGGGACUUGGAGAACCAGAUGCACAUUGCAGAGCAGAGAAGACGCACGCUGCUCAAAGACUUUCACGACACAUGA